AUGUCAUUCGUCGCUUUGACCGGCAAUUAUUACCAUACCCUACAUUAUCUACAUCAUCAUCCAUCAUUCUACCCCACCAUCCAUCAUUCUACCCCACCAUCAACAAUUCGACUUCACCAUCUAUCAUUCUACCCCACCAUCCAUCAUUCUACUUCACUGUCCAUCAUUUCUACCCCACCAUCCAUCAUUCUACCCCACCAUCCAUCAUUCUACCUCACCAUCCAUCAUUCUACCUCACCAUCCAUCAUUCUACCCCACCAUCCAUCAUUCUACCCCACCAUCCAUCAUUCUACCUCACCACCCAUCAUUCUACCCCACCAUCCACCAUUCUACCUCACCAUCCAUCAUUCUACCCCACCAUCCAUCAUUCUACCCCACCAUCCAUCAUUCUACCCCACCAUCCAUCAUUCUACCCCACCAUCCAUCAUUCUACCCCACCAUCCAUCAUUCUACAUCACCAUCCAUCAUUCUCACCAUCCAUCAUUCUACCCCACCAUCCAUCAUUCUACCCCACCAUCCAUCAUUCUACCCCACCAUCCAUCAUUCUACCCCACCAUCCAUCAUUCUACCCCACCAUCCACCAUUCUACUCCACCAUCCAUCAUUCUACACCACCAUCCACCAUUCUACCCCACCAUCCAUCAUUCUACCCCACCAUCCAUCAUUCUACCCCACCAUCCAUCAUUCUACCCCUCACCAUCCAUCAUUCUACCUCACCAUCCAUCAUUCUACCCCACCAUCCAUCAUUCUACCCCACCAUCCAUCAUUCUACCCCACCAUCCAUCAUUCUACACCACCAUCCAUCAUUCUACCCCACCAUCCAUCAUUCUACCCCACCAUCCAUCAUUCUACCUCACCAUCUAUCAUUCUACCCCACCAUCCAUCAUUCUACCUCACCAUCUAUCAUUCUACAUCACCAUCCAUCAUUCUACCUCACCAUCCAUCAUUCUACCCCACCAUCCAUCAUUCUACCUCACCAUCCAUCAUUCUACCUCACCAUCCACCAUUCUACCCCACCAUCCACCAUUCUACCCCACCAUCCAUCAUUCUACCUCACCAUCCAUCAUUCUACUUCACUGUUCAUCAUUCUACCCCACCAUCCAUCAUUCUACCUCACCAUCCAUCAUUCUACCCCACCAUCCAUCAUUCUACUUCACUGUUCAUCAUUCUACCCCACCAUCCAUCAUUCUACCUCACCAUCCAUCAUUCUACCCCACCAUCCAUCAUUCUACAUCACCAUCCAUCAUUCUACCCCACCAUCCAUCAUUCUACUUCACUGUCCAUCAUUUUGUCUAGAAAUUAA